AUGUCACGUUCGAGUGUCCUCCCUGCUGUGCCUGCUUGUUCGCUGCUCCGCUCUUCCUUUCCCUCCGCCCUUCAGAUCGACCUGGCCGGCAAGCUUGUCUCAUGCGGUCAAGCGCAUCUUUUCGCCCAUUGGCCGGAGCCUGGAAGCAAUGAUGACGACAAGCGGCGGUUCUUCGAGCAGGCGGUGCGGCUGGAUGCGAGCUACCCGGGGGGUCUACCACGCUACAUCAGCAACGCGAGGCGGCUGCUCGCAGACUCAAGGGACGGAGUGAACCCCUUCCAUGGCUUCACCCCUGCUGUGCCUUCGGGCGUGCGCGUCAGGUUCGGCGACCCCGACUUCGACGAGUUUGAGGCUCGGGGAAUGGCGGAGGCUCGAAAUACCGCGUUUGUGCUGGUGGCGGGUGGCCUGGGGGAGAGGCUCGGGUACAGUGGGAUCAAGGUGGGGCUGCCAGCAGAGAGCACCACGGAGCACUGCUUUCUGCAACACUACAUUGAGAGUAUCCUCGUGCUGCAGCACGCCUCCAAUGCCCUCACGCCAGAUGAGCCCCCGCGGCGCAUCCCCCUGGCCAUCAUGACAUCGGAUGACACCCAUGCGCGCACAGAGGCGCUGCUCAGGUCGCACGGCUACUUUGGCAUGCACCCCGGCCAAAUCACUCUGCUCAAACAGGAGAAGGUGGCGUGUGUGGCGGACAACGACGCGCACCUUGCCCUCGACCCGAAAGACCCUUUCCUCAUCCAGACGAAGCCGCAUGGGCAUGGCGAUGUGCACAUGCUGCUGCACCAGAGCGGCCUCCUGCCCACAUGGAGAGCAGCGGGAGUGGAGUGGGUGCUCUUUUUCCAGGAUACCAAUGGUCUACUCUUCAAGGUGGUGCCUAGCUCGCUGGGGGUGAGCGCAAGAAGACAGCUGGACGUGAAUUCGCUGGCCGUGCCGCGCAAGGCCAAGGAGGCCAUCGGGGGAAUCGCGAGACUCACACACUCCGAUGGGCGCAGCAUGGUGGUGAAUGUGGAGUACAAUCAGCUCGACCCGUUGCUGCGGGCGUGCGGGCAUGACGACGGCGAUGCCAACGACCCUGCCACGGGCUUCUCACCCUUCCCUGGGAACAUCAACCAGCUGGUGCUGCGCCUAGGCCCCUAUAUAGAGGAACUCGCUAAGACGCAUGGAGUGAUCGGGGAGUUUGUCAACCCCAAGUAUACAGACGCCUCACGCACAGCUUUCAAGGCGUCCACGCGCCUGGAGUGCAUGAUGCAGGACUUUCCCCAGGCCAUCGACCCCUCCCGCUCUGUUGGAUUCACUGAAGCUGACGUGUGGCUUGCCUAUUCGCCCGUGAAGAACAACCUCCGCGACGCCGUCGCCAAGCUGGCAGCGGGCACGCCACCUCACAGCGCCACGUCAGCAGAGCUCCACCUGUACCGCGCCAACUGUCUCAUCCUCAAGCACUUAGGCGUCCACGUGGCAGGCCCUAAGACUGCUGUAAUUGCCGGGCAAGAGGUUGAGAUAUGGCCUCGUGUGGUGUGGUCUCCUCUCUGGGCUCCCACCCUCGCUGCUCUGCGCUCGCGCUUUCCCCACCCCAAGCAAGUGCGGAUUUCUGAGGACUCGACCUUGGUCAUUGAGAUUGAAAGGGGGGUGGAUGGAGGAAGAGGAGAGGGAGAAGAGGUGGGGAGGGAGGGUCAUGCAGGGGAGAUAGAGGGAGGGGCAGCAGAGGAGGCGGGGAGAGGCGGGAGCGAGGGGGAGGGGGAGGGGCAGCAGGAGGGGCGGGUGGAGGUGCAUAGCCUGCAGCUGGAGGGAGCGCUGUGGGUGAAGGCAGGGAGAGGCGUGACAGUGGUGCUGGAGGAGCUCCAGGUGUCGAACCGUGGUUGGCCGAUCGUGCAAGUGGACCCGGAGGAUCCGGAGAUCCCUGAGUGGAUUCGAAUCCGAGGGUUCAGGAUUGACAGACAGGAGUGCAGGCGAGUGGAGGAGAGUGCAGGGGAGAGCAGGCGGGUGGUGGUGGUGAGAGAGUGA